GGCUCCCGCUGCACUUGAAUGGGCUGUUUCCAUGGUAACAGACAACACAGGCUGGAGGGACAGUGACAGUGAUGGCACCCGGGCUAUAAUGUCUCACCAAGGGUUUAAGAGCCGUGUUUCUAUGGAGGAGCAGGACCUAUACGACAUUAAAAAUGAAGCAGCAGAGUUUUACCGGGUGAACAGAGUCCCCGAAGAGAUAGAGAGAGCUCUGAACGAGCUCUUCUUUCACAAGCCAGAAGACGUUCACGGUUAUCUGGCAAAUCACUUUACAAACCUAUGUGCACCACCAAGGAUCAGCCGACUGAAGGGAAGGGAGGUUUAUGAUGCAAGAGGACAGCUGGCCAUUGAGGCAGAGGUCUUCUGCAUCGUCUGCAACCAGGAAAAGAGCGUGUCCUCAGCUGCCAUCUCCAGCCACUUUGGUCCUAAGGAGACAUCGCUGGACUGGAAAGCAAAAUGUGAGGAGAGGGCCGACCAUGUGAUAACUGCUGCCCACUGGAUCAAUGAACCUCUUAACAACAUGCUGAAGGGCCAAAACCCCUGUGACCAAUCAGAUGUGGACCAUAUACUCAGCAAUUUCUUCAUGGCCCGCUACCUGGAGGAGAAAGACAUCCAGAACAGGGCGAAGGAGGAGGAGAGUCUUUCACCCAGCGAGACUGAUGUGGUUCUGUCUUCUCCACUACCUGCACAGACUAAAGACAAGAAGAGUGUUGAUAAAGGCAAAAAGAGCAACACUGCAGAAAAGUCGUUUCCUCCAGCAGAGCCACCAGAACCAGUUUUGCCCGGGAGCUUGGCCAUUGGCUCAGUGUCUCUGGCUGUAGCCAAAACUGGGGCAAAAACACAGGGUAUCCCGCUCUACAAAUACGUAGCAGCUCUGAAGAAAAUAGAGGUUCCGACACAGUUUCAUAUCCCUGUCUCUUUGGUUACUUUGCUGAGCUGUGGGAAGACUUCUCCUGGAAAAUUGAGUUUACUGGAGGAAGUCAUUCUGAUCCCAAAAUCUGGACAACGAGUCAAACAAAUCGUCACAAUGACCCUUGAGUUACAGAAGGAGAUGAUGCGAAUAGUGAAUGCUUCAACAAAAGCCGGGGCCACCCAGGCAGUGCUGUGUGACAGUGGAGUGCUGGCUGUGAACUACGAGCGGCCGGAGCAGCCUCUAGAUCUGAUCACUGAAGCCUGCACUAACGUUGGCCUGUCACUGGGAACAGAGAUCCAUUUAGCAGUACAUUGUGCUGCCUCUGAGCUAAUGGACUAUUCUAAAGGAAAGUAUGAAAUUGCAACUGGAGUUUUAAAGUCUCCAGAUGAAUUAGUGGAUUUAUACCAAACCCUCAUCAGCAAAUACCCAGUGGUGGUGGCCUUAAUCGAUCCAUUUAGGAGAGAGGACAUUGACCAGUGGGAGAAGCUGAGCAAUGCGAUUGGAAACUCAUGUUCGCUGCUCUCUGACAUCACCUACAAGUCAAAGGCCCCGCCCCUUCCGGGUGUCAGGGGUCACAUCUUAAAACACAUUCAUGAGACAACCAUCAGUGACUUGAUCUGCAUCACAUCAGAGCACCAAGAUUAAGAAAAGGAGUCUGACCUAUAAAGCAACAUGGGAUGAAUGCCUCUGAUGGUCAUAAAGGUACACAAACUCUGCAGCUCACUGUGCCUGUCUGUUUCACUUGAAAAAACAAACAACAUAUAUUGUAUAUAUAUAUAUAUAUAUAUAUAUUUUCCAACUGUGCUUUUAAACUAACCUGAUGCGGCAUACAGUUCAAACCAUUAGUCAGAACCUUCUUCGUUUCGUUUCGUUUUCGUUUUUAUUUCACACGUCAUCGUUGUACGUUCAAACACAAUUCCAUGAGGCACAACAAUCAUAUACAGGACCCAUGAAAUGGGGAACCCCAAAUAAGCUACUAAAAGCUUUUCAGAGAGGGCCCGAAAACAAUAAACAUACAAUAAUUAACAAAACCCUAAAACUCAAUUUACCAUGGACAAACAAAACUAAGAAGCCGUUAUUGAAAACUGUUUGAGAAAGGGCAGGCACUUUCAAAAAAUACCUGGUAUGUGAUUGGAUAAGAAAUCUGUCUCUCAUGUCUGUCAUUGUUGUUUUAAAUGAACAGUCGCACACACCUAAACCACGGCCGUAGCUGAUUGGUUCAGUUAGCUGGUUGUUUAGACACAAACGCAUUACAUGAAGCCUGAAAAGAUAUGAUGUGUGAUCUUGUCGUAUUGCGAGAAUCCAGCUGCUGUGUAGGGUAACUUUACAAUGUGACUGAAAUAUUAUUUUAUCUCUCUCUUUCACAGUUCUGCCGCACUCUCUCUCUCUCUCUCUCUCUCACUUGUCCGAGACAAUUGUCUGCUGCCAGCAGUUCAGUGACUCUCUUUUUUAAAAUGAGUCAAGAAGCCGACAGAAAGCCUAAAUUUACUUUUAAUGUUAUCUAACAAAGAUACAUUUUCAUUGUUUAUUGUAGUGUAAAAUCACCAUUAAACUGGGUCUCGGUACACUUUUGGUUUGUUUGUGAAGGAUGCAGAAAAGGAUGGUGUGUUAUGGUUGGCUGUAGUAUAAGGAGUAGAGGUGGGUUUUCAAUCUAGUUUAAAAAAUGUCAACUUAUCAUGUAGUGGGAAGCCGUUCCAAAGAUGAUUGGCAGUGGAGGAGAAUGCUCUAUAACCAACUGAGUUUCAGUUUACUAGGGGAAUGACCAGGAGAACAGCAUCAAGGGAGUGGAGAGAGCGUGCCGGUGUAUAUGAUGUGAACAAAUCAGAGAAAUAAGGUGGUGCGAUUUGGAAUACCAGAAAAAGUACAUUGCAGUAAUCAAGUCAGGAAGACACAAAUGCAUGGAAUACAGUUACAGCAUCACAAAAUGAUAAGAUGGAUCGAUUUUUUUGCACUAUUACCGCAAUGG